CCAAGAAGAUUCUUUCUUUGGUACGUUAUAGACUAUAUAGUCGACGCAACGGGAAGAAAAAUCCCUUGAAGCACGAAAAUCUUCUUCUCAACUUGAAAAUGAGUUAAGAUUAUCCGUAACUUAUCCACCCACUUCUGUCCACACUUGCGACACGCGCGCGGGACAAAAUACCCCAUUCACUUGCGCUGGCAGGUGGGGUUUUAUAUGUACUCUAACUUACUUAACUUACUGAGAAGUUAUAGUACUGUACUGCACUGUAAGUACCGAGGACCCUCUUCCGCAGUCAGUAAUGGGAAAGUAUUGGAAAGUUGCUUUAUUGACUUUAUUGAUUCGAGAUUACCUGACGGCACUUUAACUGUUUACUGACUGUACUGGAUUGCACCAAGUACCUCCCUCCACCACCACCACCACCGCCAACCGGAUUUCCGUACGGAUAAGAUCAAGCGAAUGCAGCCCACUAAUCACUCACUACUACUCCAUUCACUUACUCACGCACCCAACUUGCAAUCCCAUACCGUCUCACGACAUCCCAUACACACUGACUGCUUGACCAACUUCCCCGUCGCGAGGUGGUCCCCGCAGCUGUACAUCCUCCAUGGGGAACAGCGCAACAAAGGAGCAGAGACCUUCCUCUGCUGUUGGAUACCACAGUCGCCAUCAGGAUGCGAGUUCAUCACAAGCGGGAUCAGCGAACCCAUCGACAAACCCGUAUUCCGCACGCAGCGGUCGGGGAAGCCGCCAUGAUCUAUCAUUCUUGGGCAUAGGGUCGACCUUACACCCCGUCGAUGGACCGGAGGUGCGCAGGGAAUCAAAGCAGGAAAGAGAGGCAAGGAGGUUAGAAAAGGAAAGGGUGGCAAGGGAGAAGGAGCGUACGAGGAGCAUGAAGGAAGAGCAUGUCGACGGGGGAUACUUGGUCACGCAAGGAGUUUAUACCGGCACUGAGGACUUCAGCAAACCGGUUGUGAGGCAAUUUAUGAUUGAGCGACGCAUAGCACCAUUUUGGUACGGCCUCAACGACUUCCACCACGAAUGGACCGAGCAUCAGCUCGGUGCCGCCGCAAAGGGCCUUCCUAUACCAGCUGCGGAUGAAAUACCUCUGGAGCUCGAGAGACCUCCAACCGUAGAAUCACCUCGUGCUUCGACCAACAACAUAAGUAACCUCACCGUACCUAUCGCGGGAAGAUCCGAUUCAUACGCCUCAGAUAACUCCUCCCAUCUGUCACCAGCAAACUCGGCUUUCCCGGCUUCACCGUCAUCUCCACUCCCCAACCAACCGGUUCAUCUGCAAGCGUCAUCACCAUUUCGCCCACGGUCGAAGACUCUUGCAUCCUUAACGUCGAAAAACCCACCUCAAAGCGACAUAAUUCCUCGUGAGGUUCAACUUCCCGUCGAUCCUUACGUUAACGGCUUGCGUAUGGAAGCAUUUCUAUACAAAGACGCUACAGAGUGCCCGAUCUGCUUCAUAUACUAUCCACCAUACCUAAACAAAACCCGGUGCUGCGACCAGCCCAUCUGCUCCGAGUGCUUCGUACAGAUUAAGCGGCCCGACCCUCAUCCUCCGGAGCACGAGCAUAACGAUCCCUCAAAUCCUUCGCAAGAGAACCCAGAGACCUUGGUUUCGGAACCUGCUAAUUGCCCUUAUUGCCAACAAGCAGAAUUUGGGGUAACAUACGAAGCUCCCCCGUUCAGGCGGGGUUUGACAUAUGCAAACUUAGGGCCAACAAGCUAUGGCUCUGCAAUGUCAUCAUCAUCGUCUUUAAAUUCCGCAGUCAGCCCUUCACUUAAACCAAUCGCUGGACGACGAAGGACGACCUCGGUAUCAGCUAGCGAUGCCACAGUCAUUACUACCGACAAAGUAAGGCCAGACUGGGCAACUAAGCUGGCAAAUGCCAGGAAUCACGUUGCGCGGAGAUCGGCCGCGGCUACCGCUCUUCAUACAGCUGCUUAUAUGAUGGGAAGUGGGGGUUCAGAAAGCAGGAGCUUUGGAUUUUCAAGCCGCUUUCGUAACCGUGGUAGUCCAGUGGAUAGUAGCGCGGGUACCCCAACCGAGCAGGGGCCUGACGCUGCAGCUCGAUUGGCUGCCUUCUCGACGUUAGCGGAGCAACAGGCCCAGAGGCGUGAGGCGCAGGCCGACCCUGGCUCGAGGCGCAGGAGGUCACGGGUGGAGGACCUGGAGGAGAUGAUGAUGAUGGAAGCUAUUCGUCAGAGCCUGGUCGCAGAAGAGGAGCGCAAGCGAAAGGACGAGAAGGAUGCAAAGAAGGAUGCAAAGAAGGAUGCAAAGAAGGAGGCUAAGAAGAGAGAGAAGGCAGAGAAGAAAGCAGAAAAGGCUGCUAAGAAAGGAGUAUACGGUAGCGGUGCUACCAGUAUAAGUGGGAGCGCAUUGAGCCUGGUUCUUCCUGGCGUGGGGCGGAGGCGGGGAAACAGCGGAAGCUCUGCUAUUGCGAUAGAGGCCGCUGCGAACAAGAACGAUAAGGGGAAGGAUGUGGACAGGGGAGCAGUGGCGCCGUCGACAUCAUCAUCAUCGGAUAACCCAUCCCAUAGUGAUGAAGCCCCAACUGCUGUCCCUGCUACACUCCCAACUGGAGCACCCACAUUCCGACAUCAUGUUGAGGAACCGACCCCAGAGCUUCUAACUCACGAGUUCCCUCCACAUUCUCCAACUACGACAGCGCCAGAAAGGCCGUCUCACUUGAGGCAAAUGUCGAACGCGUCCUCACCCCCGUCCUCAAUUGUUGAGUCCGUCCGUAGUUCCAUCAAGGGCGAUUUUCCAGGAUCAUCAUCCUCUGUAGCCUACGUGCUAUAG